AUGGACAAACGGAAAAUGAUUACAAAAAGAACACGAAUCGAUACAACUAUACGAGGUGCUGGAUCCGGUGCUGGAGCAAUUACCAAUGGUCCUAUACAAACAAGGCCGUUGGUCGCCUUGUUGGACGGCAGAGAUUGUUCAAUAGAAAUGCCCAUACUUAAAGAUGUGGCUACUGUUGCAUUUUGUGAUGCCCAAUCCACUUCUGAAAUCCAUGAAAAGGUAUUAAAUGAAGCUGUAGGUGCUUUAAUGUGGCACACCAUUGUUCUUACAAAAGAAGAUUUAGAAAAAUUUAAAACGCUCAGAAUUAUUGUACGAAUAGGAAGUGGAGUUGAUAAUAUUGAUGUAAAAGCUGCUGGGGAAUUGGGUAUAGCAGUUUGUAAUGUACCUGGUUAUGGAGUAGAAGAAGUGGCAGACACAACACUAUGUUUGAUUUUGAACCUUUACCGUAGAACCUAUUGGUUAGCUCAAAUGGUCAGGGAAGGAAAAAAAUUUACUGGGCCUGAACAAGUACGAGAAGCUGCUCAAGGAUGUGCACGUAUUCGAGGGGAUACUUUAGGAAUUGUUGGCUUGGGUCGUAUCGGCUCAGCAGUUGCAUUAAGAGCUAAAGCGUUUGGCUUUAACGUAAUAUUCUAUGAUCCUUACUUACCUGAUGGAAUUGAAAAGUCUUUAGGCUUGACUCGAGUUUAUACACUUCAAGAUUUAUUGUUCCAAUCUGAUUGUGUAUCGUUGCAUUGUACUCUGAAUGAACAUAAUCACCACCUUAUAAACGAGUUUACCAUUAAACAAAUGAGGCCAGGGGCUUUCCUUGUAAACACAGCUCGAGGUGGAUUAGUUGAUGACGAUGCACUUGCGACAGCAUUGAAACAAGGACGUAUUAGAGCGGCUGCCUUAGAUGUUCAUGAAAAUGAACCUUUUAAUGUACUUCAAGGACCAUUAAAAGACUCUCCAAAUUUACUGUGUACUCCACAUGCUGCAUUUUAUUCUGAUGCUAGUUGUACGGAGCUAAGAGAAAUGGCUGCCAGUGAAAUCCGUAGAGCAAUUGUAGGUCGAAUACCCGAGUGUCUUCGUAAUUGCGUCAACAAAGAGUAUUUUCCUGCUCCGACUACCUAUCCACAUCAAGCAGGAGUGGCAAGCGUCGCAUCAGCAGCCGCUGUAGCUGCAGCAGCUGCCGCAGCAGCUAAUCCUGACGCUAUGAACGGAGGAUAUUAUGCGGGUGCUGGCACAGGAUCUUUACCAGUACAACAAGCACAUUCUACUACUGCACAUGAUAAUGUGCCUGGCUCAGGGUCAGCACCACCACCCCCUUCACAACAAGCACCACCAAGCUCCCAGUCAGCUCCACCCACUUCAGUUAUGCCACAUUCAUUAUUUGUUAACACCCAGCUUCCAUACACUUCUGGACAAAACGACCGUGACAGUACAAAUAAUGUGAGCCAGAGUAGUCCGUCCCUGACGUAUAGGUCUGUUGUUUAA